GAGAAAGACAGUUGACAAAGCGACCAUGAUAGAAGCAGCAAGGUAUAUACAGCCAGCCGGCUAUGAAGACGUAAUUGAAGAAAGGAACAUAGAGGAUUGGUGUGGGUAUCCAAUGUGCUCAAACAAUCGACAAAUUAUGAACAUAUUGACUGUCUACAAAGAAGCAAAUUUUAUGCUGCUCAGCUAUCCGACAUACCUAUUUGGUCAAGAGAUAUAGGAUGGGCUGAUGUUGAAGUUAUUGAGAUGCAUGAAAACGUCAGUGAAGUAAUAGCGAAAAGUAAGAAAUCCCUCAAAUCAUCAAAGCAGAACAGCUCGAAGCUUAGAAAAGCAUAUGUGGAAAAUCUUUUAUCUGCAAUGGCGCCUGCUCCUAUGGAGCUUAAAAUCGUAGAGAAGGAACCCACUGCUGUUCAACCCAUCAACUUACCUGACUUAGCAUCGCCGUCCAAGAGCAAGUCUGGCGCGUAUGAUGAAAUCGAAGGAUACCGAAUACAAUUCAAAGGCAAGAAGGCUGCGUCUAUUGAUACAGCAGAGGAGCCAACGACACUCAUUUUACGGCCGCAACAAAACGAGGCAGUUAGUGUUCCUGCUCUUGAUAAUGUGGAGCUAGAUGACGCGGCCAUAGCAGAAAACGCAAUGAAAACCAUGAUGAUGUUGAAAGACCUCAAAUUGGAUGAAGUAGAGAAUUGUCAGGACCAACUUGAUCUUAUGACCAGUCAAGAGGUGAAAGAAGAAAUACCAAUGCCUACUGUUGAACUGAGGUCGUCGUCUAAGCAGCUAUCAAAGAAAGCCUCGUCGACGAACAAGGCAAAGACGCCAUCUACGUCGUCGGGCAAAGCAUCGGAAGAAUACGAUUCCAAUCAGAUCAUUACCGUCGUGGUUCCCUCGGAGGUAGCUCGGAAAGUACAACAAACAAGGAAGAAGAAUGCCAAACUGGCUAAGAAAAGCACUGUUCCGCAAAUGACAUUCUUCGGUAAAAUUUGGACUUUAAUCGACCGGAUGUGCACUAGAUGGACUCGAACAUACAUACGAAACUUGGAAGGGCAUGGAGAUGAUUCGCCUGCACCCACAGAUCCUGAACAACCCUACUAUUCUGAGGAAUAUAAUCUAAGAAAGCAUAUUUUCAGCGAAAAAGUAAUGGAAACCUAUGGUUUGAUUCGACAACAGAUCGGGUUGGAUAUUUCCAUAGAGAAGGAUAUACUCGAGAUCAUCCGAACGUUUGAACUGUCUGACAGUGCAAUGGGGAUGCUGGACAGCGUUGAACUAUAUAUGGUGACAUUGAUAUUAUUCAAGGCCAUCAUUGAUGCCCUGCCGGAGACUCAUUCGCUUAUAAGCAGCGGAAAGAAAGCUGUACAAUACCAAGCAUGCUGUGAUACGAUAGGGGUCAGUAAAGAAGAAAUAGAUGCAUGUGCUAGAGUGCUUCGAAUGGCAUAUUAAGUAUGAUAAAAUUUUCGAAACCCUGACACUUAAAAGUGCAGACUUGUAAUAGUUAGGCAACCAGCCAGUUACUGUAUUUUUCAACUGUUAAACCCUAAAUGUAAUUUGGAGUCUACAACAAUUUGUAAAGAGUUUAAAGUGACAAAUGCGGUCUUUUUCUGUAUGGAG